CCAAAUUGGAGGAGGGAGAGGAAAGGUCACAGAAACCUCGCCGGUUGCCUCCCUCCCUCCCUCUCAUCCACCCACACCCAGCGCCAGCUCCGGUCGCCGCAGUUGGCAAUGUCGGCUGCGGCGGGGGAGACGAAUCGGAAGAAGAGGAACCAGGCAGGAGAAGAAACAUAUCCCCAUCGGCCGGCGGCUCCCCUCCCUUCGAGCCCACCCAAUCUAUCCUCGGCGCCAUCAUCCGCCGCUCCCCAAACCCCAAUCUCGGGUGAGGCGGUGGCGGCGAGGAGAAAGGAGCGGAAGAAGGCUCCUCCACCUACCACGCCUUCCGCUGCCCAAACAUCGAUCCGGAACGCGGAGGUGAGGACGAAGAAGAAGCGGAAGACAAGGGAGCCGCCCGCCGCAACCGGAACACUAUUCUUGGAGCCGGCGGCGCCGAGGUGGAAGGAGCCAAAGCAGCCAUCUGAUGGCGACCAAUUCCACGUUCCAUCCGGGGGAGGAGGAGAGGAAGAAGCUGAUGGCCCCAAGGGCAGGAGUGUGAAGAGUAGCAGCAGCAGCAGCAAGAAGCCCCGCGUCCUGAGCACCCGCGAGAUCAUCAAGAUGAGGAUGGAAUUGAGGAAGCAGCAGCCACUGCCUCAAGGCUUUUUUGACCCAGCGUUUAUGGCUUGCAAUUCCAAUUCCAUCCAGCAGGAUCCCAAUUAUUCUUCACCAUUCGGUGCCUUCUUUGACCAGUUCUGCUACAAACCUAGCCGCCAAGAUGGCAGUUCCCGACCUCCUAGAACGCCUGACUGUCUAGCCAGGCCGAGGCCGCCGCCUCGGGACCAUCUGUCAUCUGGUUCAUCUCACCUGAUGGCAAAGAAGACCUGCAAGAUCAGCAACUCUAAGACAAAGCAGCCAGGAUCACCCUUACUAAAUCAAGAAAAUGCAAAGUUAAAAGACAUGGGAAAGCCUGUGAUGAAAGCAAGGAUCAAGAAGGAAAGAAAGCCACCACCAUUGCUUACCCGUGCUGAGAAGCGGUCAGACAAAUACCGGAGGCUUCCCUUGGACCAGCUGGUUCCUCCACCACGCUCUCCUCAUAAGCUGCUGCAGGAGAAAUACGCUUCUGACCCAUGGAAGGUCGUUGUCAUCUGCAUGCUCCUCAACUUAACACAAGGGAAACAGGUGAGAAGGAAAGUGAAGGGGUUCUUCAAACGAUAUCCUGACCCUCAGACUGCAUUUAAUGCUGAUCCUGAGAAGAUGGCCAAGUAUCUGGCCCCUCUGGGUUUGCAGCGUGUAAAAGCAAACAGAAUCCAGAAAUUCUCUAAGGCAUAUGUCGAAAGCGACUGGACCUACAUUACUGAGCUUUGUGGUGUUGGCAAGUAUGCAGCUGAUGCUUACGCAAUCUUCUGUGCGGGCAAGGCAACAGAGGUGGUACCUGCAGAUCACAAGUUAGUUGAUUACUGGAAGUAUGUUUGCUUUGAGUUGCCCAUGGUUCAGCAAUCUCAGGACAUGCAGGAAGGUGUAGUGACUGAGAUGGAGCAUGCUGCCCCUAAGGUGGAGGAAUUGGCCGUGUGCUGCUAAAUUAUUGGAAAUGGCAAAUAUAGCUGUAGGAGCAUAGGACGGAGCAACCGAGCAAGUGUUUGUUGUUCUCAUUUGAUCCUUUAUGUGCUCCUGGCUCAUGCUUGUCUAUGUUGGAACUUUUGAGAACUAGUUCCAUUUUGUGAUAAGUGUUUACCGAGCAAGUGUUUACUAAGUUGUAAUUAGUAUUGCUUCUGUACUAAAAAUAUAAGUCUUAUAUUUUUAGUUUUUUUUUUGGUAAAGAUUAAAGUCGAGAAAAAAAAUACUAUAAUGCCCAUUACCAAAUGAGCAAUUAAUGUGUGGGUGAGGUAUGUGAGGAUAAAAUUGAAAGAAUUUUGAAUGAGAAGUGGUUAAUUAUAUAAGUAAUAUUGU